CGUCCCUACUCAAAUUCAUUCAGCACCGACGUAUCACCAUCAAAAUGCCUGCUCAAGGACAUAGACUGUACGUUAAGGCUAAGCACCUUUCCCACCAACGUUCCAAGCAUCACAUCCACCCUGGAACUUCCAUUGUCAAGAUCGAAGGAUGUGACACUAAGGAAAAUGCUCAAUUUUACUUGGGCAAGCGUGUUUGCUACGUCUACAAGUGUGCCAAGCCUAUCCGCGGCUCUAAGAUUCGUGUCAUCUGGGGUACUAUUGCUCGCGCUCAUGGUAACUCUGGCUGUGUUCGUGCUCGUUUCUCUCAUAACUUGCCUGCCAAGACCUUUGGCUCUUCCCUUAGAGUCAUGCUUUACCCUUCUAACAUUUAAAUAAAAUUUGGGAGUCCUUUCUGAGGCAUUUUAUUCGUCUAUAAAUUUUUUUAUGUAAGG